AUGGGAAUUUCCAGGUUUUAUCGCUGGAUUUCUGAAAGGUAUCCUCAAAUUAAUGAAGUUAUUGGGAAUGGUGAUACUCCGAUAUUUGACAACUUGUAUUUAGAUGUUAAUGGUAUUGCUCAUAAUAGCAUUUAUAACAAUGAGAUGACUGUGUCAUACUCAGGGCUGAAUUUAAGCUUUGGUGGAUCCCCUGAAAUAUGGACAGGAAUUUUCAAAUACAUAAGUAGGCUAGUUAAUACAGUGAAACCGAAGAAAGUCGUAUAUAUUGCAGUGGAUGGUGUUGCACCUAGAGCGAAGAUGAAUCAGCAGAGAAGUAGAAGGUUUAGGUCUGCAAGAGAUGCUGCUUUAAUGGAGGAAUUAGCUGUCAGAAACUCUGAAUUUGCAAACAAAACUAAUACAUUCGACUCAAACUGUAUAACUCCUGGAACAAGUUUCAUGUAUGAAUUAAAUCGUCAAUUAAAGUUUUUUGUUCACUACCAAAUACAAAAUGACCCAAUAUGGAGGAAUUUAGAAGUGAUAUUAAGUGGCUCUGAUAUACCUGGGGAAGGUGAACAUAAAAUAAUGGAUUACAUUAGAUGUAUAAAGUCACAACCAGAUUAUAAUAAUAACACUAGACACUGUCUAUAUGGUUUAGAUGCUGACUUGAUAAUGUUGUCACUUGCAUCACAUGAACCUCACUUUUCUUUACUUCGUGAGGAGAUCAAAUUUGUUCCUUCAAAGGUUUUGGAUAAUCGCAUUAUAUUUACAAAGGAUAAAUUCCAAUUUCUACAUAUAUCUAUUUUACGAGAAUAUUUAGUGAGAGAGCUAAAUCCUAUAUAUUCUGUAUCUAAAUUGGAUCUGAAUGUAAGAUAUAUGGAAGAAAUGGGUGUUCAGGAUAUAGUUUCUGGGUGUAAAGAUGAAAGUAUAACUGUGACUACUCCUAAAUUAGUUCAAAGUUCUUUCAAUAUUAAUUUAGAUUUUAAGAUGGAUGAAGAGCGUCUGAUUGACGACUUUAUUUUCUUAGGAUACAUUGUUGGAAAUGACUUCUUACCACAUAUUCCAUUCCACACAGUAGAUAAUGGACUAGAUCGCAUUCUUUGUAGUUACAGAAAUUAUUUGGCUUCAUUUCAACAAACUAAUUUCUGCAAAGCACCAUGGUUACUUGAAGAUUGUGGUAGGAUCAAUUUUUGCAAUUUUUUACGUUUUCUAGUUUGGCACACAAGAUCUGAACAUGAAGAGGCUAAGAAACUCCUAAAUAGUUCUGAUUACUGGGUAUCUGUAAUUCCUAAUAACUCAAAAUCUAACGAUAUUCUUGGGUUACCAAAGUUUUCAAAGUCUCUUUCAAUAGAUAAAGAUAAUUUGCGUUUUCAGUGGCAGUCUAAAAGACCAAGUACUCUUGAAGAAAUGCGCUGGAGAUACUAUUUUGUUAAAAUGGGCAUUGAUGCAAAUCAGAUUAGAGAUAAUAAUAUAGAUUUACUAGGCCAUACUAGCAUAUCUGAGUCAAAACGAGAUGAACUUGUAUUUGAAACUUUAGAAGAUCUAGUUUUCUGCUAUUUAGAAGGAUUACAGUGGAUUAGUUACUACUACUUCCGUGGAACACCUUCUUGGCGUUGGUUUUAUUCUUAUAGAUAUGCUCCUUAUGCUUGUGACAUUGCAGCUAUACUGAACCACUGGUUGAGGUUAGGCAAAAUUACUCGUGUUAACAAAUCAGAAAUGAAUCUUUCGAUGGAAUCCGAUAUACUUAAUAUAGAAAAGAUGUAUAAAGACGGGAUACACCUAAAUAAUAUGGUAUUCCAAUAUAUACUGGGAACUCCUUUACAACCAUUCGAACAAUUAAUGGGAGUUUUACCUUCGCGUAGUUCAAAUUUACUACCUGAACCAUUUAGAAGACUGUUUAUGAAUAAAAAGUCGCCAAUAAUUGAUUACUACCCCUCUCAGUUUGAUAUUGAUAUGGAAGGUAUUAAAGUUCCAUGGGGUGGAGUUACACUGAUUCCAUUUAUUGAUGAGGAACUUCUUUUAAAGUCCAUUAGUUACGUUUUAUCUAAUAGUGGAUUUAAAGAUCCAGAUUUUUUAAAUUUUAUUAGUAAGUGUGAAGCUGUAACUAACGACUUAUCUAUACAUAAAAGAUGUAUGUUUGUAUUAGAGGGAUCAUCAAUACCAACGAAAUAUGUUGAUCUGGAAUUUCAAGCUGAUAUUAGCAAGAUAAAUGAGUCUGAAUAUUUAACUUUAGAUGAAAAGAACAGAAAUAUGACUGGUGAGCUUAGAAUAUACUUUUAUGAUGAAUAUAUCCCAGGUGCAUAUAUUGAAAGUACAGUUCCAUCUUAUAUACCAUCACUACUUGACUGCAAAGUUGCAUCUAAGAUAUACUUGCACCCAAAAUUUCCGCAAGGUACUAUUCACUUCCCCAACAAGCUACUUGAGGGUACAAUAAUACCUUUUGAUGGAUUCCCUAGCUUUAAGAGAUUAGACUUCGAAUCAUUUUUUGGUCUGGGAGUUAAUAUAUUUGGAAGUGAAAGUAAGAACGAAUCUUUGUACUUUUCAAUAUCAUCAAAACAUAUAUCUAAAGAGUGGAUAAGAGAAUUACUAGAAACCCCUCCUAAUAUGCUACUAAAUAGAUCAUCCAAUGUUUGCAUAUUAGCAGAUUAUCCGAGAGUUCACACAGCCGAGAUAGUUUCUUUAAAAACUCAAAAAUAUAUAGUAAAACCAAGAUUGCUACUGCCGCCAAUAAUUACAUUAAAUGAAGAGCCUGAUGAAUUACACCGUACUUUAUUAAAUGAACAUAGUCAACUGAAAAGACGUGGGAUUACCCUACAACAUGAUAGCCCUUGUGAUUUCAACUUAGAUGAAAUUUUUUUUAAGCUAGGCUCCUAUAAAGAUGGCAGGAAAACGAAAAUAGAUGUUGAAAACAAAGUGAUUUUAGAUCCUAUACCUGAAAACUGUUUAGUUGAAGUCAGACUUGCAGAGGAAUAUAACGAAGAUGAAAAUGGAAUAGUCCAUUAUAAAUUUUCUAAUAGGACAAGAUACUUUUUACUCCCCUUAAUUAUGAAUAAAAGAUUUAUAGGUAGUUCUCGUAGAUAUGAACAGAAAGUAGGAUUUUAUGCGGGUGCCAGGGUUUUGUGCCUAAAUAAAUCUAGUGAAUGUUUUGGACAUAUAGGGUAUAUUUUGGAAGAAAAUUCAAGUAUGAACGAUGUAUUAUCUAGAUUUCAAAUAAAUAAAAAGUCCUUUGACACAAAGUUGUUUCAAAAGAAAAUAUUUGAGUAUGCACUAAGAGACUUAAAGUCAAUUCAAUGGUUUUCAAUACAAGAUGCUGCAAAGAUCUUGUAUAAGCCAUUAAUUGCAUGUCUAAAGAAAGGUGGUAUGAGCGACACCUUAGCUAUUAAGUAUAUGUACUAUUCAACAGAUAUAUUAAGUAGACUUAUUAUGGGUCCUAUUUUCGUUAAAUGUCAUGACAGGUCUCUUCAUGACAUUUCUAUGAUAUUAUUCAGUGAGGACAAACGGCAAAGGAUUAAAUUAUGCCUUCCUCUUUAUAGUCAAUACACAAACAGGGAUUCAUAUAGAACAGCUGCAAAUACUAUUAUUCAUAAAGGAACUCCAAUUAUAAGCAAUGAAUCUAUCAAAUAUAUAAAGGAGUAUAUUGAGACAUUUCAACUAUUUGUUUUUGCAAUAUUCAAAUGCUUUGUAAAUUUGUCUACAGUUAAUAUUGAAAAAUCAUUAGAUAGUCCAUAUGAUCUAUCUUCCGAUAUAGAGAGGAGUGUAAUUACUGAAGUUGAGUCUAGUGAACAUUACAAUGAAGAUACUUUAAAUGAAAAUGAGAAAGUCACUUCUGAAAGGCGCAUUCAUGUCAAGGAGAUAUUUACAGAUAUUGCAGAGCCAAAGGACCAAGAUUUUGCAUUUAAUCAGGCAAUAGGAAUACUGAAAAAACAGAUCUAUAGAAAAGUUGCAUUUGUACAUAAACAUAGUAAUAGUGUCUCAAUUCUACCAUCAACUAUCCAAAGAUUAGAGAAACUUACUAAUUCACUAAACUUUGGAGAUAAUAAGGAAGAUUCUAAAUAUAUAAUAGAGAAAGGUACAAGAUUUUUACUACAUGAAUUAAGUCAUUGCUUUUCAUCUUUAUUAAAUAGAUUUAUUAACCAUAAUGGUCUUACAUUAGGUCUUAGAAUUGUUUAUAUCCGUGGUAAUGGUGGAGUAGUGCCAUUUGGAUCAACAGGAAUCAUUGUUGCAACAUGUAGUGGCAUUAGAUCAGGGAGAAAUUCAUUUAAAACAUCUAUGGUAGAAGUUCUUUUAGAUAGAUGCUGUAUUAAUGCAACCAAUUUAGGAGGUAAAUGCUCCAACUUGCGUGGAAUAAUAGUCCCAGCUUGUGAAUGUAUUCCACUAUUUCCAUUUCUUUCAUCAAUCAAUACAAAAGAUCAUAUAUCUUCAAUAUCAGAAUGUUUAGAUUUAAUCAAUAAUGAAGAUUCAAAGGAUAAGGAUAAGUAUUUACAGCAGGCUAGUAAAAGAAAUUCUUCAGGUCAUAGAAAUUAUUGGAAUAAGGUAACUCAAAAUAUGGAAAGUAAAUGUAACAAUAAAUAUAGUUUAAAUAUAAUGGAGCAAUGCAACUCAAUACAAAAGCUUAAAAUCGGAAAUAUCAAAGAAGAACAACAAAGAAAGCAGUAUAUUACUAAAAUGAAGGUAUUAAAGGGGGAAUUGGUGGAGGAAUUUGAACUAGAAACAUCCAACUUUUCCCCCUCACCUGAGUCUAUAGGUAUUCCAAUAUUUGGGAAGGGAAGUAAUUUUGGACAUAAUUCAAAUAUUGAUGAGGCUAUGAGUGUAAAGUUAAAAAAAUUACUGAAUAUUUCCAAUAAAAAAAAGAGGUGA